CUGUACUCACAGCCCGGCGGCUUCACGGUGAACGGCAUGCUGAGCGCGCCCCCGGGGCCUGGAGGCGGCGGCGGCGGCGCGGGCGGUGGCGCCCAGAGCCUGGUGCACCCAGGGCUGGUACGCGGGGACACGCCCGAGCUGGCCGAGCACCACCACCACCACCACCACCACGCGCACGCGCAUCCGCCGCAUCCGCACCACGCGCAGGGACCCCCGCACCACGGCGGCGGCGGUGCGGGGCCCGGACUCAACAGCCACGACCCGCACUCGGAUGAGGACACGCCGACGUCGGACGAUCUGGAGCAAUUCGCCAAGCAGUUCAAGCAGCGGCGCAUCAAGCUGGGCUUCACACAGGCCGACGUGGGGCUGGCCCUAGGCACGCUGUACGGCAACGUGUUCUCGCAGACCACCAUCUGUCGCUUCGAGGCCCUGCAGCUCAGCUUCAAGAACAUGUGCAAGCUCAAGCCACUACUGAACAAGUGGCUGGAGGAGGCGGACUCGAGCACCGGCAGCCCCACGAGCAUCGACAAGAUCGCGGCGCAGGGCCGCAAGCGCAAGAAGCGGACCUCCAUCGAGGUGAGCGUCAAGGGCGCGCUCGAGAGCCACUUCCUCAAGUGCCCCAAGCCCUCGGCGCAGGAGAUCACCAACCUAGCGGACAGCCUGCAGCUCGAGAAGGAAGUGGUGCGGGUCUGGUUUUGCAACCGGCGCCAGAAGGAGAAGCGCAUGACGCCGCCGGGGAUCCAACAGCAGACGCCGGACGACGUGUACUCGCAGGUGGGCGCCGUGAGCGCCGACACGCCGCCGCCGCACCACGGGCUGCAGACGAGUGUGCAGUGACGGGCAGGACCACAGCAACACAAAGGCCGCCGCCUCCGCAGCCGCUGUCACCACCGCCACUGUCCCCGUCGCCAUGCCGACCCCGCACCAGGGCCACCCCGGGCCCGCCCGCCGCCCUCCCCUCAACCCAAAGACAGGUAUGCCUGCCCUUGGAAGAAAAAAGAGAGAGAGACGGACCGAGGAGACAUUUUUUGAAGUCCAAGGAAGGAGGGGCAAAACAAACAAACAAGCAUAAUAAAUACCCAGACGGUUUUAAAUACAUAUAUAACAAACAAAACCGGAAGAGAAAAAGGGGGCGAUCGUGAGAUCUCGUUUAUGCUGUGGUGGUGUUUCGUUUUUGUUCUUGUUUUUGCUUUUAAAGAAGGGUGAAGAUUCCUAGCGCACCAAAACUGCACUCAGGAGGUCUUUCCCACCCUGAGAAGUCCUACAAGGCGAAGGUGGACGGCACCUAGCACUUGCCUCUUCUCUCUUAAAAAAAAGCACCCCUCCCUCCAAAGGGCUGCCUGAGUGACCCACGGGAACUUUCUUUCCUGGAAGCAACCUGAAAGAAAGCAGAGGCACCGGGUUUAAUCAGGGAUGACUCUGUGCUCCGGGACCCUGUUCUUUUUGGCCAUAUUGAAGUCAUUUGGGGACAAACUGAUUAUGAAAUGGGAAGGAGAAAAAAGGUACAGUCUCCAGCAAAAACAAUAUUCACAGCUUCUGAAAUUAACAAACUGAAGAGCAAAGCCAAAAGAAAAAGAAUACGUUUCCUCCAAAUAACCUUGGAAAUAAAAGUAUCACGAAAAAGCAGGGGGAUGAGCGAGGGGAAGGGGACAUCGCCCAUCCGCCGAGGAGUGGGAGAGGCCAUGCCCAGCAGGGCGCGGGCGAGUGGACUGGGCACGGAGCAAGGCCCAGCCACCAACCCCGGCUGCAACGGCUGCCCCUCGGGUGGGCGAUGCCUAAAGAUUCCACUGCUAAUAUUUUUUUUAUUAAUAUUUUUUAUUUUUUAUUUCUGGACUGACUCAGAUAAAGGGAUUUAGAAAGACUGAGCACCAGCCGCUGCACUUCUUGGACUUCGCUCCUCAAUCCGUUGCCAACUUUGAUUGAAUGGGUGCUGUGGAUGUGAUUAUAUAAUACUGCCAUUUCCAAGCAGUGUUUUUGGUAGGUUUUAAUAAACAGACUUUUCAAAAGACGGCAAUAUAGAAUUGUUAGAUCCGUUGUUGAUCUAAAAAUAUUUGCUUUAUAUUUUCAUUAAAUGACUUCUUUUAAUAUUUUAUUCAGAAUACUUAUGAACUGCUGCAAAACGGUAAUUUAUUUUUCCCCAGAUCUUGUAUUACGUGUUUUUUUCAGACGAGCACAAAUCAAAAUGAAAUGAAAAUAUGGACAGUUGUUAGGUAAUAAGGGUAUCUUUUGAUGUGAUCAUUUGAUUGUAAUUUAAUUUGAGUAGUGAUUCCGUAAGAGCUGAUCGAGAAAAUAAAUUUGUUAGAAUGAAA